AUGUCUGUGUGUUCUUGGCUUUGCACCAUUUUAAUGGUUUUGGUUAUUGCUGGAUUGGACACGAUCGCGAAGACCACACCACAUGCCAAAUUUAUGAAGAUAUCUGAGGGAAAAGAGUUCCCCAAGGGCCCAAAGCCAUCCAGGGGUCCUGCUCAGGGGGAAGAGGAACUCCCCCACACCAACCCUGCUGGAAUGGCCGAGCCCACCAUCUCUCCUUCCACCCUGGGCUCGCCCUGGGCCUCCACUAUGCCCUUUCCCUUUGCAAACGUCACUCUGGACCCAGCUGAUUUCCUCUGGAAUUGCUGUCACUGCUGCUCACCUGUCACUGGGCAGAAAGGAGAACCCGGGAAGACUGGAAAUCCAGGCUCUAAAGGGGAAGCAGGUAAUACGGGGAUCGCAGGACCACCAGGAAUCGGUGGGCCCCAAGGCUCAAAAGGCCAGAAAGGAGAGAAGGGACUAAAAGGAGAACGUGGGGACCCAGGAGCAAGCGGAGUUCCAGGAUACCCAGGAAAGCCUGGGGAACAAGGUGCACCCGGCCCCCGAGGAGAGAAGGGCAGCGCGGGGCCGGCCGGAGAGAGAGGACAGCCGGGCAUCCCGGGGGCCGCGCGUGGGGACGGCACCAAGGGCGACCCGGGGCCCCCGGGCGCGGGUGGCGCCCCCGGGCAGAGCGGGGGGCCGGGACAGCAGGGCGAGCCGGGGACCCGAGGAGAGAAGGGGAGCAAAGGAGACGCGGGACUCCCAGGCCAAAGAGGCCCAGCCGGCCGGCCCGGGGCUGCGGGUCCAACGGGCGCCAAGGGCGACCGAGGCGAGCUGGGCUCCCCGGGCGCCAGGGGACCCGCGGGGCCCAAGGGUGAGCCUGGGAUCAAAGGGGUCCGGGGCCCCCCCGGGAAGAAGGGGGCGCGGGGCUUCAAGGGCUCCAUGGGCGAGCGGACCCCCGCGCCCCGGUCUGCGUUCAGCGCGGUUUUAUCCAAGCCGUUCCCUCCCGCCAACGUCCCCAUCAGAUUCGACGGGGUCCUCCACAACGAUCCCGGGGACUACAGUCCGGCCACCGGCAGGUUCAACUGCAGCGUGCCUGGGGUCUACGUCUUCUCCUACCCCGUGGCCGUGCGCGGCCGGCCUGCCUGCGUCCGCCUGGUGGCCCGCAGGGCCGGGCCGGCCGCGUCCAGACCGGCAGCCCAGGGCCAGGGCCUCCAGCGGGCCUCGCUCCUCACGCUGCUGAGCCUGGGCGCCGGGGACCAGGUGUGGCUGGAAGGGACCGGUGUCCACUGCAGCGCGGACGACAACAGCGUCUUCACCGGCUUCCUGCUGUACCCGCGCGGGGCUCCAGGAAUGGCGCCCUGA